AUGGCGCCUGUGUUGAGCAGAAGCCUGGCCUCUGCUUCAGUUUCCCCAAUCCCAUUCACUCCUGCUUCUUUUUCUUUGAAGAAUUACAGUAAAAGCAACCAGUGCUUCUUGAGAAGCGCUUUUUUGCCGAGAAAUGGGUUGAGAAGCAGGUUUUCGAGAAGUGGGCUGGACUGUAAAGUGGCGAGGAAGGAUUACAGAUUGGCGGCGCUGAGGUGCGAGGCUACAGCCGCCGUGGCCGAGAACGAGACCGCCGAUAGCCCUGGAGAGACACAUGAGUAUCAGGCUGAGGUGAGCAGAUUGUUGGACUUGAUAGUUCAUAGCUUGUACAGCCACAAGGAGGUGUUCCUUAGAGAGCUUGUUAGUAAUGCAAGUGAUGCUCUUGAUAAAUUGAGGUUCUUGAGUGUAACCGAACCUUCUUUACUUGGUGAUGCUGGUGAGCUCGAGAUUCGUAUCAAACCUGAUCCAGAUAACGGAACAAUUACCAUAACGGACACCGGUAUUGGCAUGACUAAGGAGGAGCUCAUAGAGUGUCUUGGAACUAUUGCACAAAGUGGCACUUCCAGAUUCUUGAAGGCUCUGAAGGAAAACAAGGAUCUUGGAGCUGACAAUAGCUUGAUCGGUCAAUUUGGUGUUGGAUUCUAUUCUGCAUUCCUGGUUGCUGAAAAGGUGGUGGUGACGACAAAGAGCCCUCGAUCUGACAAGCAGUAUAUUUGGGAGGCUGUAGCUGAUAGCAGCUCAUAUGUGAUUAAGGAAGAAAAUGACCCUGAUAAAUUACUGCGUAGAGGGACGCAAAUCACACUUUAUAUGAGGGAGGAUGACAAAUACGAAUAUACGGAACCAACCAAGAUUCAGAAUUUGGUGAAGAAUUAUUCACAAUUUGUCUCGUUUCCCAUCUAUACAUGGCAAGAGAAGUCAAGAACUGUUGAGGUAGAAGAAGAGGAGGAACCAAAAGAGGGAGAAGAAAAACCUGAGGAAGAAAAGAAGAAGACUAAAAAGACCAAAACCGAAAAAUACUGGGACUGGGAAUUGGCAAAUGAGACUAAACCCAUAUGGAUGCGUAAUCCCAAGGAAGUUGAAAAGGAGCAAUAUCAAGAAUUUUACAAGAAGACAUUUAAUGAAUUUCUGGAGCCACUUACCUACACCCAUUUCACUACAGAGGGUGAGGUUGAGUUCAGAAGUGUACUCUAUAUUCCUGGAAUGGCACCUCUUAACAAUGAAGAGGUUAUCAAUCCCAAGACUAAAAAUAUCCGUUUGUAUGUGAAGCGUGUCUUCAUUUCAGAUGAUUUUGAUGGUGAACUGUUCCCAAGGUACCUGAGCUUUGUGAAGGGCGUGGUGGACUCGGAUGAUCUUCCCCUUAAUGUUUCAAGAGAGAUCCUUCAAGAGAGCCGAAUUGAUUACAAAAAAUUCUGGGAGAAUUUCGGUAAGUUUUUGAAGUUGGGUUGCAUUGAAGACACUGGAAAUCACAAGAGGAUAACACCAUUGUUGAGGUUUUUCUCUUCCAAGAGUGAGGAGGAGCCCAUAAGCUUAGAUAACUAUGUCGAGAAUAUGGGUGAAAACCAAAAAGCUAUCUAUUACUUGGCCACUGACAGCUUAAAAAGUGCUAAAUCUGCGCCAUUUUUGGAAAAAUUGGUGCAGAAAGGCAUUGAGGUGCUUUACUUAAUCGAGCCAAUUGAUGAGGUCGCGAUUCAGAAUUUACAGACGUAUAAGGAAAAGAAGUUUGUUGACAUCAGCAAGGAAGAUCUGGAGCUUGGUGAUGAAGAUGAGGUGACAGAAAGGGAAAACAAGCAAGAGUACAAUCUUUUAUGCGAUUGGAUUAAGCAACAGCUUGGCGACAAAGUGGCUAAAGUGCAAAUCUCCAAACGUCUUAGCUCCUCACCAUGUGUCCUCGUGUCGGGCAAGUUUGGAUGGUCGGCAAACAUGGAAAGAUUAAUGAAAGCACAGACGCUUGGGGAUAAUACCAGCCUGGAAUUCAUGAGGGGAAGGCGAAUUUUGGAGAUAAAUCCUGAUCACCCGAUUGUCAAGGAUCUCAAUGCGGCUUGCAAGAAUUCACCUGAGAGCACAGAUGCCAAAAGGGCCAUCGAACUUUUAUACGAUACUGCCCUUAUAUCUAGUGGAUUCACUCCUGAUAGCCCAGCUGAGCUCGGUAACAAAAUAUACGAGAUGAUGGCUAUGGCACUCGGAGGAAGGUGGGGCAGAUCGGAGGACGAUGCAGAAGGAAAUGACGAAAAUACCCCUGAGGGCGAUGGUGUGGGCUCGGAUGAUGGCUCGGAAGCUCAAGUGAUUGAGCCAUCGGAAGUGAGGAUGGAGAGCGAUCCUUGGAGUGACUGA